UGAUUCUCAAGUUUGGAAAAUGAGAUCAACUGUAGUAUGGACUGUGGAGUCUUCCUCUGUUCAGAAUGCUACCGAUCUGGCUCCCAAUAAUGGAUUAGGAAGGAUCUUGGGCAUAGUGGAGUAGCUCUAAACACUUGACCUCUGUCUGAGAAAGGCUGGAGGUCCCACACCUUCUUCCAAGGUCAGCAAUGGGUAGAGAUUUUGUAGUUAUCACAGGGUUCUCAGCCAGGCAGCCAAGGUCCCUUCCUCCCACUCUGCAGAGAAAAGAGGAGGUGGUUGAAGAAAGGAUAUGAGAUUGGUUCUCUGCUCCUCCCUUUCUCUCCGUUUUCUCCCCCACAGCAGCCUUCUCCCCCACAGAGCCUGGGAGAGGAUGGAGGGGGCGGGGUUGGGGCUUGAGGGCUUGGAAGCCCUGGUGCCCUGCAUCUGUAGGAAGCCCUGGUGCCCUGCAUCUGUAGGAAGCCCUGGUGCCCUGCGUCUGUAGGAAGCCCUGGUGCCCUGCAUCUGUAGGAAGCCCUGGCUGGGCUGGCUGUGAUGGUUUAUGCCGUCCUGCUGCCAUCCUUUAGCAGGAUGCUGGGGACACUGGGGCUCUGGACACUGCUUCCUGCGGUUGCACAAGUGUCCCCAGACAGGAGGACCUGUGUGUUCUUUGAGGCUCCUGGAGUUCGGGGAAGCACAAAGACACUGGGGGAAGUGCUGGAUACAAGACCAGGCCCCUCCAAGAGCAUCCGCUGCCUCUAUAGUCAUUGCUGCUUUGCCAUCUGGAAUCUGACCCAUGGCCGGGCACACGUGGAGAUGCAAGGAUGCCGGGACAGUGAUGAGCCAGGCUGUGAGUCCCUGCACUGUGACCCAGUCCCCCGAGCCCAUCCAAGCCCCAGCUCCACUCUCUUCACAUGCUCCUGCAGCGCUGAUUUCUGCAAUGCCAAUUACAGCCUUCUGCCUCCUUCAGGGAACCAAGGGGCUCCUGGCCCCCAGGAUCCCCAGCCUACCCCAGGUGGGCCCAUCUGGAUGGCACUGCUGCUGCUGGGGAUGUUCCUUGUGCUGCUGCUGGGCAGCAUCAUCUUGGCCCUGCUACAACGAAAGGCCUGUGGGGUGCAGAGUGGGUCAGCCCCGGAGCCAGACUCAGGAGGCGACUGCAGCGAGGACCUGCCGGAGCUGGCUGGGCUAUGCUUCUCCCAGGUCAUCCAAGAAGGAGGUCACGCAGUCGUGUGGGCCGGGAGGCUGCAGGGUGAGAUGGUGGCCAUCAAGGCCUUUCCCCCAAGGGCUGUGGCCCAGUUCCGAGCUGAGAGAGCUGUGUACCAGCUGCCCGGCCUGCAGCACGAUCACGUUGUGCGCUUUAUCACUGCUGGCCAGGGGGGCCCUGGCCCCCUGCCCUCUGUGCCUUUACUGGUACUGGAACUGUACCCUAAGGGCUCCCUGCGUCACUACCUGACGCAGUAUACCAGCGACUGGGGGAGUUCCCUGAGGAUGGCUCUGUCCCUGGCUGAGGGCCUGGCGUUCCUCCAUGAAGAGCGCUGGCGGGAUGGCCAGUAUAAACCAGGCAUUGCUCACCGAGACCUGAGCAGCCAGAAUGUGCUCAUUCGGGAAGACAGGUCAUGUGCCAUUGGAGACCUGGGCCUUGCCUUGGUGCUCCCUGGCCUUGCUCGGCCCCCGGCCUCAGCACCCACCCAACCCCGAGGCCCAGCUGCCAUUUUGGAGGCCGGCACCCAGAGGUACAUGGCUCCAGAGCUCUUGGACAAGACUCUAGACCUACAGGACUGGGGCACGGCCCUCCAGAGAGCAGAUAUUUACUCCCUGGCUCUGCUCCUGUGGGAGAUCCUCAGCCGCUGUUCAGAUCUGAGGCCUGACGGCAGACCACCACCUUUUCAGUUGGCCUAUGAGGCAGAACUGGGCAGCAAUCCCAGUGCCUGUGAGCUCUGGGCCUUGGCAGUAGAGGAGAGGAGGCGCCCCAACAUCCCAUCCUCCUGGAGCGACUCUGCCACAGACCCCGGGGGGCUGAAGGAGCUCCUGGAAGACUGCUGGGAUGCAGACCCAGAAGCACGGCUAACGGCUGAGUGUGUGCAGCAGCGCCUGGCAGCCCUGGCUGACCCUCAGGUGGCUUCCUCCUUCCCAGAGAGCUGUCCACAGGCCUGCACCCCUCUCUGCCCAGAAAACUGUCCUUCAGCAAGUGCCUCUCCUACUGUCCCCUGCAGGCCUCAGCAGGGCUCCUGCUACCUCGGUGCUCAGCCUGUCAGUACCAGUGUUCGUGUAUAAACGAGCAGUUGGUGUGAACUCUCUAUACAGCUAACAUACACGUGGCGAUCACAUGCCCGUUGCUGUCAUUCUCUGUGGGGUUAUACCCAUGGGGUACAUAUGCUCAGGAAAGAGAGUAAAGAUUUCCCACUGUUG